AUGCCUCCAAAAUAAACAAAAGUUGUAGCCAGCCGUAAGACUGUUAUGCCUAUUAGUAGAGCAGGCAGAGCUUAAAUCCGUAGAAAGGAUUCUAACACUCAAAAUAAUAUGAAUGACUAAGGUAUGGAAGAUGAGGAAAUCGAUCAACAAAGAGAGGGAAUGAAGAACCAAUACGAACAAUUAACUGCCCAAGAAUUAAAUGAAGAUAUGCCUUCAAAAAUGUUAGAGCCAAAGAACCCUCAAGCUCCUAAAAAUAUCACUGUUUAUGACUAUUAUACUCGUAAAUUUAAGACUGAUGAGUUAGUCGAUUAAAUGAUUGUUCAUUUUUCUAUGGAUGGUGAUUAUAUUUGGAAGGAAUCAAAUGAAUACAAAACUUAAGAAGAAAUUCGUGAUACAAAGAAAGCUUUGAUCAAGGAAGCAAUGCGUAAAUAAGAAAGUGAAGAACCUGGUGCAAACCAUGAUGAAGAAGCAAUUAAAUAAACUCUAAGAAACAAAUUUAAUUACAAUACACGUGAAUGUUAAACAAUUAAUCCUUCAAUAAGAGAGCGUGGAGUUUCUACCGAACCUCCACCAUCUGAUACAAUCUGUGGCAAUAUUACUCAAUGGGAAAUUUUUGAUGCUUAUUAUGCAGAAAUUAUGAAGGACCAUCAAAUUGAAAAUAAAAAGAAGAAAGAGGUUGAUUAGGAUAAGAAGCAAGAUUAAUCUAUGUACUCAACUUCGUUCAAAAGAUGUUGCAAAAUUAUGGAACGUAUGGUUGUAUAAAACGAUUAGGAAGAUAAGUAUCAUGAUUAUCGUUAUUAUUGGAGUUAAGGCGACAACCUAGAAGCUGGUAAAAAUGAAGGUCAUUUAUUACCUAUUUGGAGAUUUAGUAAUGAAAAGCAAAGAAAGAAAAAUGUUACUAGUAUUUGUUGGAACCCAUUAUAUCCAGAUUUAUUCGCAGUUAGUUUGGGUAGUUAUGACUUUACUAAAUAGCGUAUGGGUUUAAUUUGCUUAUAUUCUUUAAAAAACACCACACAUCCAGAAUAUGCCUUCAACUGUGAAGCUGGUGUUAUGUGUUUAGAUUUCCAUCCUAAAAGUGCUGCCCUUCUUGCUGUCGGUUUGUAUGAUGGUACUGUGUUAGUUUACGAUAUCCGUAACAAACACAAGAAACCUAUUUAUUAAUCAACUGUACGUAAUUAAAAGCACACAGAUCCUGUCUGGCAAGUUAAAUGGAAUCCAGAUACUUCCAAAAAUUAUAAUUUUUAUUCCAUUUCUAGUGAUGGUAGAGUCAUGAAUUGGAUUCUUAUGAAAAAUAAGUUAGAACCUGAAGAAGUUAUUUUACUUCGUCUUGUAGGUAAGAAUGAAGAGGAAUCAACUUUAAUCGGUUUAGCUUGUGGUCUCUGCUUUGAUUUCAAUAAAUUUGAACCUCAUAUCUUCCUUGUAGGUACAGAAGAAGGUAAAAUUCAUAAGUGUUCUCGUGCUUACUCUGGCUAGUAUUAAGAAACCUACAACGGCCAUCUUCUUGCCGUCUACAAAGUUAAGUGGAAUAACUUCCAUCCUAGAACUUUCAUUUCUGCUUCUGCUGAUUGGACUGUAAGAAUUUGGGAUAGUAAAUACACUUCAUAGAUUAUUUGUUUUGAUUUAUCUAUGAUGGUAGUCGAUGCUGUCUGGGCUCCUUACUCAUCAACUGUCUUUGCAUGUGCUACUAUGGACAAAGUUCAAGUUUAUGAUUUGAACGUAGAUAAACUCAAUAAAUUGGCAGAACAAAAGAUUGUUAAAUAACCUAAGUUAACUAACUUGUCUUUCAAUUAUAAAGAUCCUAUCUUGUUAGUUGGUGAUUCUCACGGUGGUGUUACUCUUGUCAAGCUCUCCCCUAAUCUUUGCAAAAGUGGACCUGAAAUUAAAUAAACUGAAGAUAAAAAAGCAAUGGAAGAAUUUAAAAAUGUAAAAAUAGAGGAUUACGAAAGAGAAAAGAUGGAAAAUCUUCUCGCUGUAGUUAGUAAAUGGGAAAGGGAAGAUGCUUGA